GUUAAAAAUACAAGAAGAACCAACGCUAAAAUCUGUCAACAAAAGUCAGAAGGACAAUAACAAAAUGGCCGAAGGAAAGGAAUAAAGUUUCCAUUGCUUGUAAAAUAUUUUAAUUAACAAUUUAAGAGUAAAGUGCCAAAAUCAUGAAGGAAAUAAAUAUAAACAUCGAAGGAUAUAAUGUAAACGGCAUUUGUGUCGGAUGUCUCAAUUACAAUCGCAAAAUGUUUUACCGCGACGAAGUUAAAGAAUUUUAUAAAAUGUGGGCUAAAAUAGAUGUUCCAGAUGGCUUAACAAUCCAAGUAUGUUGGGAAUGUCUUGCAUCAGUUACCUCCGCAGUACGGUUCCGGCGACAAAUUCUUAAAGCAUAUAAUGUGCUUAUGGAAUAUUCAAAUAAGCAAAUAUUUUUAAAUUCUCCCAAUGAUUUUACAAAAUAUGCUACGAGCCGACUAACUUCUUCAAACUUAAUGCAUGACUCAAUUAUACUACAUCAUAUAAAAGAAGAAGACGGUAUCAAUAUAGAUAUUGUUAAACAAGAAGACGUGACAAAUAAAGAUGACCAGAAUUUAGAUAUACAAUUGAAAGGAAUAGAAAGUCCAAAAGCAGAAGAUAUAACAGACAGUUAUUUUGAUAACUUUCUAGAAGAUUCUCAUCCGCAAUCCUCCGAUGACGAUAUCCAACUGUCUAAAUUAAAAACUAAAAAGAAAAAAAGAAAGAAUAAAGGUGACAAAAGUAAAAAGAGAGUAAAAGAUGAUGAAUUGCCAGUGACUUUUGUAUCUGAGAUAGAUAAUAAAUUAGAUGAAACAGUAAAGCGUUCUAGAAAAUUAAAGAAUUUACCAGAAGAUUUUGUAGAAUUGCAUACAAUGAGUGAAGAAGAAAUGUGGCAAGUCCGUGCUAAAGAUGUGACUAGAGAGGAAUUUGUUACACUCAAAUAUAAAUGUGAUGAUUGUCUUACAAGUUUUAAUACGGAGAAACUUAUGAAUUACCAUUUAAAUGGGAAACAUGUCCUGAAAAGUGAGGCGGAUGUACAAUGUGACGUUUGCAAAGCGUACUUUAUAACACGUGACAAUAUGUCAUGUCACCGCGCGUUGCAUCUGACAGCUUAUAAAUGUCGUGUCUGUGGUGACGUCACAACACGCAAGCGAUGUAUACUGAAACAUGUGAGAACAGAACAUGGAGCGCCAGGAACAGCUUGUAUUACUUGCGGGAAAACUUUCUCUUCAGAAUCGAAGUUGAGUUAUCACAGAGGUGUAUGUCACAAGGAAAGUCCUCAGUGUGACUGUUGUGGGAAAGUCUUUGCUAGUAAAUUGACACUAAAAUACCAUUUAAAAAUACUAACACCGAAGCAACCAGAAGAAAAAGUACAUUUACCUUGCAAAGGAUGUGAUAAAGUUUUUUAUUCAAAGAAAAGUUAUAGAGCUCAUGUUGUGAUCCACAACGGUGAGACAUACCCGUGUCCUAUCUGCGGCAAACAGUUCCAAUGGAAGCGCAACCUCGCGCGGCACACGCGUAACCACCGCGAGAGAGACGCGGGCGCGACGCACGAAUGUAGAGAGUGCGGGAAAACAUUCUCUAGUAGAGAUUGUUAUAACAACCAUAUGAGGUUGAGUAAACGACAUGUGCCUGAAGACGCGUAUAUCCACUCUUGUAACUAUUGUGGUAAAAAGUUCGCGUCAAAAUGGUGUAUGGUGGAUCAUAUUGACUGGGAUCAUCUUAAAGUUAUAAAAUAUCAAUGCAGUGUUUGCUUAAAGGCGUUUAAAACAGCAAAAAUAAUGGUCGCCCACAUGAAUAAUAUACACGAAGGUAAAAAAAACAAAGAACCAGAAUCGGAACAUUUGUGUGAAAUUUGUGGUAAAUCUUAUAAGUCCGUUAAACGUCUAAAAGGUCAUGUAUGGGCAAUGCAUACAAACCGUUCAUCCACAAAGACGUUCAAAUGCAAACUAUGUCCGGCCACAUUUACCUGGCAGACAUCUAUAUAUAAACAUAUGAAGAUGAUGCAUGACUCCAGUAAGCGGAAUAAGCAAACAAGAAUAACUACAGUGAAGAAGCAAGAUCUUUACCCCGAGAUAGAGUUAACAAAUAGAAUGGAAUAUUUUCAGCAGAAUUUAGCAAAUAACAUACAGAAUAUGGUACAAGCACAACCCCCGCCAUUACACAUUGUACAAAAUAUUAUCUAAGAAAAUAAU